UCUUCCCCAGCUCCAGAAGAAAAGGAGAUCAUUAAAGGCCAGUAUGGAAGGCUCACUGAUGCUUAUGGCUGCCUGGGGGAGCUCAGGUUGAAGUCCGGUGGCACCUCCCUGAGCUUCCUGGUUUUGGUGACGGGCUGCACGUCUGUGGGCAGAAUUCCAGAGGCCGAAAUCUACAAAAUCACCGCCACUGACUUUCAGCCACUUGGGGACGAGGCCAAGGAGGAGGAACGCCUCACAGCCUUGAGGAAGAUCCUCAACUCAGGGGUCUUCUACUUCUCGUGGCCCAGUGAUGGGUCUUGCUUCGACCUCACCGUCCGGGCACAGAAGCAGGGCGAUGACAGCUCCGAGUGGGGCAACUCCUUCUUCUGGAACCAGCUGUUGCACGUGCCCCUGAGGCAGCACCAGGUGCGCUGCUGUGACUGGCUGCUGAAGGUCAUCUGCGGGGUGGUGUCCGUCCGCACGGUGUACGCCUCUCACAAGCAGGCCAAGGCCUGCCUCAUCUCCCGUAUCAGCUGCGAGCGCGCCGGCGCUCGCUUCCACACCCGAGGCGUGAACGACGACGGCCAUGUGUCCAACUUCGUGGAGACGGAGCAGGUCAGUGCCCAGGCCGGCCCGUGGCCCCCGCUGGUUCAGAGCAGAGGAACCUGUGCAAACUUGUUUCCGUUGGAGGUGGGGGCGUCGGAGGCAGUUUCUCAUGAACGUGGCUCCUUGCUCUCCCAGGAGCACAGGAUGUGUCCCUGGGGCUCCGUCUGCAAAUGUGGCCUCGG